AGCCCUAUAUAAAAGCUGGAACUGAGGUUCUGUCCAGCCAGAGAGCUAACACACUGAUCUGGUCUGGCUGGCAUACUUCCCACUCUUACCUGCUGAAGUAGGGUCACCACAGAGAUAGCCCACCCCAACCCCAGGAUGCCCAGCAGAACUGCCCGCUAUGCCCGCUACAGCCCCAGACAACGGCGGCGGCGGCUGUUGGCUGAUCGCAGUGUGCGUUUCUCUAAUGAUGUUCUCUUCUUGGACCACAUCCGCCAAGGCGACCUGGAGCAGGUGGGGCGCUUUAUCCGGGCUCGGAAAGUCUCCCUGGACACUAUCCACCCCUCAGGCCUGGCUGCCCUGCAUGAAGCUGUGCUCUCUGGAAACCUGGACUGUGUGAAGUUGCUGGUCAAAUAUGGUGCUGACAUUCACCAGAGGGAUGAGACUGGCUGGACACCUCUGCAUAUUGCUUGCAGUGAUGGGUACCCUGACAUAGCCAAGUAUCUCAUCUCUUUGGGAGCAGACAGAGACGCAGCCAAUGAUGAUGGCGAUCUGCCCUCCGACCUUAUUGAUCCAGACUUCAAGGACUUGGUGGAACUCUUCAAAGGAACCAGCAUGGACUGAGCCACCCCUGACCUUUGGGGGUUUGUGCCUGCUGGAGAAGAGGCAAGGACCUUGCCCCAGGGGCCAGGGUGUGCCCAAUGAACAUGCCCGUGAGGCAGCCAGGCUGUUAGGACUUGUGGUGGAGCAUGACUCCUCUGCCCCUAUACCCAUUUCUCUGGCCUGACUUUUUCUCCAGGUUUUGUUUUUUUGUUUGUUUGGUUUUUUUUAUGAUGAUACUUUUUACUUUUUGAAUAAACAUGAUUCCCAAGCUGUGAUGGAGACUAAUUAGCGCGGUCCACUGCAAGACCAUCGCCAUGCACGCUGAGCUGGGGCUUAGUGGCAGCGCACGGCCUGGGGUUGGAGCCUCGGCGACCCGAGAACCCCAAG